AUGUUGGAAACAAGUGGAGAGUUAAAUGAUCGUGAGCAUUUAUGUCGUUUGGUUGAGCAAUGGAAUGAGAAUCGACUUGACCUAUUUAGUUUAAGUUACCCUACUGCGGUUGUAAAUCGUCGAAAUAAGGAGUUAUUGCAGGACCUUGAGAUUUAUGGUGUUAUACGGUUUUAUUUUCAAGAAAGUAAGGACAAAGUUUCGACAAAAUGUAUUCGAGUUUCGAGUACCGCAACUACCAGGGCUGUGAUCGAUGCUUUGGUUGAUAAGUUUCAUCCAGACUUAAAAAUGCUGUCGGAUCCUGAGUACUCGGUCUGGGAGGUGCAUGAGAACGGUGAAGAAAGAAGAUUAGCUCCUGAUGAAAAACCGCUACUUGUCCAAUUGAACUGGAAUAAAGAUGAUCGCGAGGGUCGUUUUGUUCUUAAAAAACACGUCCAUAAUCCGCCUUUUACGGUUGGUUCCCUUUUCAGUUUAUCGGAACUUGUCUAUGAUGAGGAGGAAAAUCUCAAACGUGGUUUAAAGCGGUUUUCUAAAAGAGAAAAGAAGGAGCUGAAGAAAAAGCACCAAAGAGGUCGGGCUCUCGCAGCAGCGGAACAAGAAGCUGUCGAGUCUAUUUAUAAAGCAUUACCACCAACAACUUUUACUCGAACUAUUUCAAAUCCGGAAAUCGUGAUGAAAAAGCGUCGUGAGAGGAAACUAGAGGCAAAAUUAAAAGAGAUGGGACAGGGCUACUAUACUAGUUCAGGUGGAAGUCUCAAAAUCUAUGGUUAUGAACUGGUUCCAAGCAGGCCGUACGUGACUUUGCUUGUCUCCGUCAGAGAUCGAGCCGAGAAAAUUGUGAAAGAGACACUUGAAAAAUAUGGUCUUGAGAAUGAGAACCUCGAGGAUUAUGUGCUUGUUGAGAUAACUUUGCCAGCAACCAAUAAAGUUUCACGGUCACUCAGUGAUCUACGUUCCCUGGAAGACGUUGGUCACGAAAGAUUUUUGGACAGUGAUGAAUGCCCUUUAAUAAACUUGGCAAGACGUUCCCCAGAUUUUAAUGGAGAAAUAAUUUACGCUGUGAGGAAGCGUCGACACCGUUUUUAUGAUCCUCAAGCGCAGCAGUGUUCCUCAGCAGUUUUGCACCCUAGGCAAGAUACGGAGUCGUCUAACUCGGCUUUACUGCCAGCGAAUCAUACAAAUUCUGCAUAUGCAAAUCCUAUGCAUUUUUCGGACUCUUCUAAACCCAACCGUGUUCUUACACAACCAGCUACAUCACCUUAUCUUGUUGCUUUAUCGGGUGGAAUCGAGUGUUCAUUUGGACAACCAAUACCAAUUCAGUCUUCACUGGUUGAGAUUGGUAGUGAUCACACAAUGCAGAUAUGCCUGCCUGGUGACUAUAUCCGUCCGAGGCAUGCAGUCAUAACUUUUGUAGACGGUUUUGUUACUAUAACGCCGUCAGUUUCAAAUGCUGAUAUUGAGGUAGAUGACCAGAGGAUUUCACAGACUGUCAUUUUACGUAACGGCAGUAAAAUUCGCAUUGGACGCACUUAUCUUUUUCAGUACUUCGAUUCACAGAGGUACUUUUCGUUAACUUCUCAGAAGUUCCUUUUGAGAGAGGUGACAUUGGUGUUGCCUCUAGGUUCUCAUGUCUUCCGUGGGAAUUCGACUCCGCAAUCAUUGAGCUCAUCGAUCCUGCUAUGA